AUGACCAUCACUCCAACUCCAACUACAACCGACCCUCUCCCCCUCCCACCCCCCUUCUCCACCAUCCCCCGAACCCCCCUCCUCCUCGGCCCCUCCCCCAUCCACACCCUCCCCCGCAUAACCGCCGAUCUCGCCCAAAACAAUCCACACCCACCCGUAACCAUCUACGCCAAACGCGACGACCUAAACUCCGCCUACGCCUACGGCGGCAACAAGACCCGGAAACUGGAGUACCUGCUCGCAGACGCGCAGGCCCAGGGCUGCGACACGCUCGUCUCCAUCGGCGGCGUCCAGAGCAACCACACCCGCCAGGUUGCCGCCGUCGCGGCGCGGAGCGGGUUGCAGGCGAGACUUGUGCAGGAGCAUUGGGUCGACUGGACGGAUAAGGGGUACGAGGCUGUGGGCAAUAUUCAGUUGUCCCGGCUUAUGGGCGCGGAUGUGAGGCUUGAUCCGAGUGGGUUUGGGAUUGAGCAUAAGAAUACUGUUCAGGCUGUUGUGGAGGAGUGUACGAGGGAGGGGGGCAAGCCUUAUUAUAUUCCGGCGGGGGCUUCGGAUCAUCCGCUCGGUGGGUUGGGAUUUGCCCGGUGGGCGUUUGAAGUUCGUCAGCAGGAGCGGGAGAUGGAUGUUUUCUUUAAUACUGUUCUUGUCUGUGCUGUGACGGGCUCGACGUUCGCGGGGAUGAUUGCUGGUUUCAAGUUACUCGAGAAAUUGUACCCGGAUGAUCCCAAGCGCAAGGUUAUCGGGAUUGAUGCCUCGGCGACGGUCGAAGCAACUCGUGCGCAGGUACUUCGUAUUGCGCGCAAUACUGCGGCCAAGAUUGGGUUGAAGGAGGAGGAUAUUACGGAUGAGGAUGUUAUUCUGGAUGAGAGGUAUCAUGCGGGGAUUUAUGGGGUUCCUGAUCGACAGACCUGGGAGGCUAUUGAGUAUGCGGCCAAGAUGGAGGCGUUUAUUACGGAUCCCGUUUAUGAGGGGAAGAGUUUUGCGGGGAUGGUGGAUAUGAUUCGGAAGGGGGAGAUUGAAGGUGGGAACAUCUUGUAUGCUCAUUUGGGUGGGCAGUUGGCGUUGAAUGCGUAUUCGGAGCUUGGGCAUGUUAAGGAGUAG